AAUGGCGGACGCUGCUCCAGCCGGUGGACGAGGAGGAUUUCGUGGCGGAUUUGGAGGUGGUGGACGAGGUGGCCGUGGCCGUGGUAGAGGCAGAGGACGUGGAAGAGGCCGUGGUCGUGGAAAGGAGGAAAAGGAAUGGACACCUGUUACAAAAUUGGGCCGACUAGUCAAAGAUGGGAAAAUUAAAGAAUUGCAAGAAAUCUAUUUGUUUUCUUUACCUAUAAAAGAAUGUGAAAUCAUAGAUUUCUUCCUUGGAAGCACUCUUAAGGAUGAUGUGAUGAAAAUUAUGCCUGUACAGAAACAGACAAGAGCUGGUCAACGCACAAGAUUUAAAGCUAUUGUAGCUAUGGGUGACCACAAUGGUCAUGUAGGUCUAGGAGUAAAAUGUUCCAAAGAAGUAGCUACUGCCAUCCGAGGAGCGAUAAUGCUGGCAAAACUUACCGUCAUCCCAGUUAGGCGAGGCUACUGGGGUAAUAAAAUUGGCUCGCCUCAUACUGUGCCCUGUAAGGUUACAGGAAAGUGUGGCAGUGUUUUGAUGAGACUUAUUCCUGCUCCCAGAGGAACUGGAAUAGUUUCUGCACCUGUUCCGAAGAAACUUCUCACUAUGGCUGGCAUUGAAGAUUGCUAUACAUCUGCUCGUGGAUCUACAGCCACAUUAGGAAAUUUUGCUAAAGCAACUUAUUUAGCCAUCCAGAAGACUUACAGCUAUCUUACACCAGAUUUAUGGAAGGAAAACCCUCUGGUCAAAUCACCUUAUCAAGAAUAUUCAGAUUAUCUGAUGAUGAACCAUAGACCAGUUGGGGCUGGCCAGCAGCGUCAAGAACAAGUUGCGACAUAAAAGUGAAUUUUUGGAAUAAAAGUGUCUGAACUUUGAAA